ACGCGCCCGGAAGCGGCUCUGGGAGGCGCGCGGCGGCUCGCGCCCUUCCCGGGUGGGGGAGCCGCGAACCCCGGGCCGGGCCGCGCGCGCGCUGAUUGGAGCGCGGGCCCGCAGCCGGGUUCGCCCCGCAUAGCCCCGCGCUCGCGGCUACCGCACCCAGAGUGCCGGCGACGACAUGGGCAGCCUCGGUGCGCCAGAUCCGCGCGCGGAUGUGAAUUAUUAAGAAGAAAAUGGCCCAACAGGACACUGUACUUCCUUCUCUUGUCAACCAGGAAGGGUAUACUAUCUGGAAAAUAUGCAUCUAAGGCGAGUGAAGACCAUGCCCCGACACAGCCAGUCCCUGACCAUGGCGCCCUACUCUUCUGUGAGUCUGGUGGAGCAGCUGGAAGACAGGAUCCUCUGUCAUGAGAAAACCACAGCAGCACUGGUGGAGCAUGCCUUCCGCAUCAAAGAUGACAUCGUCAGCAGUUUGCAGAAGAUGCAGAAUAAAGGGGGAGGUGACCGCUUAGCCAGGCUGUUCUUGGAAGAGCAUAUCAGAAACAUAACCGCCAUUGUGAAGCAACUGAAUCGGGAUAUUGAGGUUCUCCAGGAGCAGAUCCGUGCCAGGGACAACAUCAGCUAUGGAACUAAUUCUGCCUUAAAGACGCUGGAGAUGCGCCAGCUCUCUGGCUUGGGAGAUCUCCGAGGAAGAGUUGCAAGGUGCGACGCCAGCAUAGCCAGACUCUCCGCAGAGCAUAAGACGACCUACGAGGGACUCCAGCACUUGAACAAGGAACAGCGAGCAGCCAAGCUUAUCCUGGAAACAAAAAUCAAAGACGCAGAAGGACAGAUUUCUCAGCUUUUGAACAGAGUAGACUUGUCCAUCUCAGAGCAGAGCACCAAACUGAAGAUGUCCCACAGAGAUAGCAACCACCAGCUCCAGCUCCUGGACACUAAAUUUAAAGGUACAGUUGAGGAGCUGAGCAACCAGAUUUUAUCUGCACGGAGUUGGCUGCAACAAGAACAGGAACGGAUAGAGAAAGAGCUUUUACAGAAAAUCGAUCAUCUUUCCUUGAUUGUUAAGGAAAACAGUGGAGCCAGUGAAAGAGAUGUGGAGAAGAAGCUCAGCCAGAUGUCGGCAAGGCUUGACAAAAUCGAAGAGAGUCAGAAGAAGAACGCGGAAGGACAGAGAAAGCCGGAAGAGGAGAAGGUGCACGGGCGGAUCAGCAAACUGGAGCUACAGAUGACGGAGGACAUGAAGGAGAUGAAAGCGGAGGUUAAUGCUGGGUUUUCAGCCAUCUACGAAAGCAUAGGAUCCCUCAGACAAGUGCUGGAGGCCAAGAUGAAGCUGGACAGGGACCAGCUACAGAAGCAGAUCCAGCAGAUGCAGAAGCCAGAAACUUCCAUGUGAAGAGGGCUGGAAGGAGACAAGGACCGGACAGAAGACUGGGUGCGGGGCUAAGAGCCAGACAGCUCUGCAGCCAGAUCGUGGCUGUGUUCUGGAUCCCAUCCAGGGUGUGCAUGUGCUAAGAAAUGCGCUCUCACGGGUCUAAGCGUUUACCUUCAGUCUUGAAAACACCCUUUAUUUAAAAUCCUAAAUACAAUUUUUACAAUGUUAUUUCCCUAAGUGCAGUUGAGCCCUAUCCCCUCAGAUUUUGAAAGGCUUUUAUGAAUGAAAAGAAUUUAUUUUCAAUGCUUGAUGCUCUAGCCAAGACUACUAUUUUGGAGAAAAAAAAAACUGCCAUGGUGAUUUUUCUUUUGAUUAAGAAGUGAAUGAGUUACUACAGGUAUGUAUUGCCCUUCACCCUACAUUAAGAGAAUGCCCUGAUAGAUUAGAGUUCAGCUUUAAGUCCACAUCUGGAUUGUAUUAUUGUUGUCUCUAUAUAUUUUUUUUAAUGUUGGGUUAUUUUUCGUAAAUCACCUGUCUUUUGUAGAGAAGAAGUUUAACACUGGGAGAGAAAAAAUCCACCAUUUAUAUAAUGAAAAUAGUUUUUUAAAAUUGAUAAUUGCCAUACAGAGUACAAAUUAAGUGGAAACUUGCAACAUUUAUCUAGAUCCCACAAGGCACAGUAUUUAUAUCCACCUAGGGGUACCAGCUUUUACUAUUUAAAGCUAUUUUUGAAACCAGUCACAACCUAUGUAGUGAUAGCCAUAUAUUUAAUAAUGGGAUGGUGGCUAAGUAAUCCGUUUAUUGCACAGUUAAUUGUUCAUCAAUUGUAAUGAAUGUGAGAAUUUUUCAGACUUUAUGAUUUACCUAAAUGUUCCCUAAAUAGGCACUAAGUGCUAGGGUUUAUAGACAUUUGUUGUAACUGUAUAUCUGUGCCUUGGUUUCUCUCACGUCACUGUACUGUUCUCUGUAAAAAAAGAAAUUACCAACAAAACAGACGGUGUGGUAAACACAUCAGGGUUGUGAUGUAAAACUGGGAUCCUAUGUAUUUUUUAAGCAUCCUAAGGAUUUCAUCGUUCCCAUGAUGGGCUGCAUUCAGCACCCUUCAUGGAAUAGCUACACGCACCUUUGUAU